AUGGACUGCGGGAGUACUGGUACGGCUGCGGGCAUUGACCCCAAAAUUCUGGAUAACUGGCAAACCGACGCUGCUUUUUCGAUACCCCCGUGGGAACAUCCGCCAUACGAGCAACCGUUAGAGUGGGACAACAGCCAAGACUCGACCCAGGACGAUGCUGAUAUCGUCGAGUUGAAUUCCCUUCAUGGGUCUCUGGCGAAAAAUCAUUCCAAUGCCGCCUAUCUAGAUCAAUCCUGUGGUUUCCACAGCGGUGAGAACAGCAAGACGACCUCACCGGAGAAAUUUAGUAUCCCCGAUGGACCGAUCGAGGGCACCGUCAGCGGCACCGUCAGUCCGAGAACCUUGCCAUCCUCGGCCGACGAUAACUUCCAGCUGGAUGAGUCAUGGCCACAAUAUCAACUGUUCAACGCCCUGACGGCCGGAAUCCCCAUGGAUGCACCGCCGCUCCUCUAUCCCUACAGCAAGGAACCAGCCGCCUCGACGAACACCGUCAUUGUCGAUGAUGUAGGGGAGCUCUCGCAGGGGCAUGGGCUGUCUGAAAUCCCACCGGAGCACUUCUUGGCGUUUCAGAGCAUGCCCCAGCCCUUCACCUUCAAUGCUCCGGACGUUUGGACGGAGCCUUCUACUAACCCUUCGCCCGAGAGCAUGGCGAAUCAAACAACCCCAGCGUCGAUUCCACUGGGAACGGAACAGCCAAACAAGGAAAUGACCCCGGUCCGCGAUUUUCAGACCCCUUUGAGGUCCCUCGAAUCGCGCUGGCUCGAUAGUCUGGAAUCCCAACUGCCCUCCAAUAUGACCUCGCCUGCCUCGCUGUCAACCAUCCCGCAGGGCCCGGGAUUUUUCAAAGAAGAAAACCCGGGACAGGAUGGUUUUCAGUACAAGUCGGAGAGUUCGUCGGUGUCCGGUGACUUUUCUGUUGGUGUAUACGAAUGCUCCUAUUCUGCGACGAGCGAUGAUGCCCCGGCAUUCGCUGAGCGACAGCUGGACGAAGAGGGCCCUUGGAAGGACUCUCAGAAGGAUGAGCCUGAGAUGGCACAGCCCCUUCAGAGCGCGACGGCUUUUAUGGUGAGUGAGACGCCAUCAGAGUCCUUCUUUGUUUCGGUUCCAUCACGAUCUCGGGCAUCAUCAUCGGCAGCACAACGGUCGACGGUUCGGCCACCGGCGCUCGCACUGCAGUCUGCUGCGACUGUUCGGAAACGUAAACAGCGCGGCUCGAACCAUUCUUUGGACCUCGGUCAGCCCAAGCCCCUGCAGAUUGUACAAGAGGAUGGCCAGGGCGGAUCCAUCGCUUCCGCAGACUUUGUAUCCCCGCCACGCGGGGCGCGUCGUAAAGGACCUCUGACCAUGGUCGGUCGGGCAAACGCUGGAUUGCGCAGGAAGAACAAGGAUACCUGCGUGCAGUGUCGUCUCAACAAGCGAAAGUGUGACGGAAACGCGCCAUGCGAUGCUUGUCGCCCUACGCUCCACGAGCAACCAUGUGCACGGGCUUGCUUUGCAAACAUUGUGGAGUAUGGAACAUGCAACUAUGUCUCUCAACGAGCCAUCAACCAUCCUACACUGGAUAGGACAGGUCGCGUUCGGAUGGAUAUUCCGGUCGAGUUCGACUUGAACGAUCUCAUCUCUUUCCUCGGUGAACGGCAAGGACGAUUCAACAUCCGCGCCACUCAAGCCUGGGGUUCUUUAUAUGUUCUUGACCUGGGAGAAACGUACAAAUUCCUGAGGAGCUUGAGCGAUUACAAUGGCAACUCUCGGUCGAACUUCCUCGAGUUCAUCGACCGACGCAUCGUCGAAUCGAAGGACAAGUCGAAGAACUGGCUGACCUGUGUCAAAGAUUGUGACCCAAUCAACAAUUUCUACACCUUACUCUCGCGUUGGAACAACAUGCCCAGUCGUGCGAGCUAUAGUUUUGUUCCUCUCCACCCAGGCGCCCAGGAAAGGCCAAUGGAUAUCCAUAAGGCGGACGAUCGACGUGAGAUUCUCCUAGCGGCACAGCUUUCCCGCAUUGUGUGCCGGAUGCUGGAGGUUGAAGGGUUCCGGAAGCUGGAACGAGACUUCUACAACAUCAAAUGGAAGCAGAUCUCCCAGGAGACGCACUUGCGCUUCUUGAACGAGCUCGGAAAUAUUCUCCUCACACUCCGCUGGCGGGUUUCCUGGUGGAAGCGCCUUGGAGAUGGUGGCCAAGAGCCCGACCCGAGCAAGCAGCACUAUGUGGAUCGUGUCGACCUGCUCUGUCGGAUUCUCUAUGUUUAUUACACCUGCGUGUUGGCUAAGCUGCCCUCCUGGUGCGCCGCCGAUGUUCCUAAGGGGGUGUGGUCUACCUACGCCGACACUGAGAACGCGGUCUGGGAUGACUUCCCCGUAGACCCUACCGAUGAUGGAUUCCAGAGAUGGAUCGACCGAGGCAAGGAGCUGGUUGAACAGGCUGGUGCCCCGAAUGGUACCUCUAAGAUCGCACAUUAG